AUGUCCGCACCUUCCCCACAAACUUCGCACGGAUUCCUAAUAACCGGAACCGACACUGGAAUCGGAAAGACAGUCGUGUCUGCAAUGCUGGCACGUGCACUGAAUGCAGCUUACUUCAAACCGGUACAGGCGGGUUUGGAAGAAGAAACCGAUACCGAAACUGUCAAGCGCUUGUCUGGCCUUGCAGAUAGUCACUUCAUUGAUGAAGUUUACCGAUUGAACACACCAGCAUCCCCACAUCUGGCCGCAGAAAUCGACGGCGUUCAAGUUGACAUCGAGCGAUUGGGUCAACUACCGAAAACAUCAAAACCGCUCAUAGUUGAGGGCGCAGGAGGUGUAAUGGUACCACUCACACCGGAUUGUCUACUCAUCAAGCUCUUUCGCAUCUGGCAGUUGCCGGCAAUCAUCUGCACACGAACGUCUUUGGGAACAAUCAACCAUACGUUACUCACCGUGCUCGCUCUCCAGAAGUAUGAGCAUGCAGUAUUCCCGAGCUUUCUUGAGAUAGAUCACGCGCAAGGCGCUUAUCUGUACACCACAGAAGGCCAACGGAUAAUUGACGCGAUCGCUUCAUGGUGGGUGAUCACGCACGGACACUGUCAUCCAAAUCUGCAAGCAGCCGCACGCAACCAGAUCGAUCGACUGGACCAAGUAAUUUUUGCCGGUUAUACGCACGAACCCGCGGAGACUACAGCUCAGUUGCUGCUUGAACUGACGCCUGAUGGUCUGGACUAUGUAUUUUUCUCCGAUAGCGGCUCGACCGCGGUUGAAGUAGGACUAAAGAUGGCACUUGGCUACUGGCAUCAUCUCGGUGUACCCCGGCAGCGAGUGGUAGUUCUUGAAAACAGUUAUCACGGUGACACUAUCGGCACCAUGUCUGUCGGCGAACGCGGUGUGUUCAACCAGCCGUACGACUCGCUCUUGUUUUCAGUCGAGAAAAUUCCAUUUCCGACAGCUGGCAGUGAACAGGAAACCCUGGAUGCGCUGGAUGCGAAGUGCAAAGAAAAUCAAAAUGUUGCAGCAUUCAUUGUUGAACCGCUGGUGCUUGGCGCCGGUGGAAUGUUGAUGUACGACGCCGAAACGCUACAGGCAAUGAAACAGAUUUGCGAGCGCUGGGAUGUGCUCUUCAUUGCGGACGAAGUAAUGACCGCCUGGGGGCGUACCGGAACCCUGUUUGCCUGCGAGCAGGCUGGGGUUGUACCAGAUAUUGCCUGUUACUCCAAGGGCAUAACCGGAGGAUUUCUGCCGCUCGCUGUAACCCUAUGCCAUGAACGAAUAUUCGGUGCGCAUUACUCAAAGGAUCGGAGCAAGACUUUUUUUCAUUCCAGUUCCUACACGGCCAAUCCGAUUGCUUGCGCAGUUGCGGCAGCCAAUCUGCAAAUGUGGAACGACCCCGACACUCUAAACAAAGUUCAGAAAGUGGCUCAGAUGCAGGAACUAAAACUCACUGAAAUGGCACAGUCUGAGGCAUUGACCAAUUUGAGGCGAACGGGAACGAUUGCCGCAAUGGACAUUCAGGUAAAAGAUAGCGGAUAUCUAUCUGAAAUCGGCACCGAACUAUAUCUUCGAUUUCAAAAAAGCGGAGUGCUUCUACGCCCGCUCGGAAACACGAUUUAUGUACUUCCGCCCUACUGCGUCACAGCUGAGGACCUAGACACGGUCUACGGCGUCAUAUCGGAAAAUGUUACACAGCUGACUCGAUGA